AUGCCGAAACCAAAAUCCUUUCUCCGGGAGACGAAGACAAAGAAAAAGGCUGCCUCGAAACAGGCACCUGUGACGGCAGAUGAUUUUCUGGCAGCCGGCGUCGAGCUAGAGGAGGCCGGCGAGAAAUGGCGGGCCGGAGACGCGGCCAAGUCCAUGCGUUUCUUUAUGCGGGCCAUCACGAACUAUGAUGAGGGACUACAAAAACAUCCCGGCACUUUUGAUCUGGCUUAUAACAAAGCACGAGUUCAAUAUGAAAUUACCCAGCACCCCAAAUUAGCGGCCCAGUUGCCCGCACCACAGGGAGAUCUCCUGCAGGUUGCAUUGCAGUCGCACCGGGAGGCGCUGGCUCUAAGCCAGGAUAAUGCCAACGUAUUAUUCAAUUCGGGCCAGGUGCUGACGAGUCUGGCCGAGUUGAUGGCCAACUCCAAACAUCCCGGUGAUGAGCAACUAAUGCAGGCAGGUACCUACCUGCAAGAGGCUAUUGAGCUCUUCCAGCGCUGUCUGAUGGUACAGGAAAUGAAGUACUCGGAAAUGCAAGAGGAGAUUGAACAGAUUGAAUCCGGGGAUGUACCACUCUCGGCACCGGAGCCGGAGGCUGUACCACAGGCCGCGGGACAGUCCCAGGCCGACCCCAGUGAGGAGCAAGAGCAGUGGGCGAUGAUUGUGGAGCCGGUCACAAAGAAUACACUUGUCGAUACGGCGGUUGCGCAGCUCGAAACUUUGACUACUCUGUGCAACUUGUUGACAUCUAACCCUGGCGCGGGCGGUGUUGGUUGGGUGCAAGAGUACUCGUCGGAGCUUGUGCAUUCCCGAUUGCCUGCGUGUGUUGAAGGCUCAGACAGACACUAUGAGGCGGCCUUGGCACGAGCUAGGUUCAUCUGUGCUUUGAACGACUUGCUCUACCGAGGUGGACAUACUGAUAUUCAAACCUACCAGCAGGAGGUUGGACAAGUUUUCGGUCCAGAACUGGAUGUAUCCGCAGAUCCUGCUGGACUGUGUGGCAAAGCAGAUGCGCUCACAUCGUUGAACCAGGCGCUCAGUGACAUUCCCCCAUCGGAGGAUGACGAAGAGUUUGAGAACGCGCUGGCAGUGCGCUGGAAAUCGCUUUCGACCGCCUUAGACGCACUAACAGCCGCCACCAAGCUUCCAGAUGCAGAUAACCUGCCCAAUAUCCACCUCGGUCGGGGAGAUGCGGAGAUGCAAAGAUGGCGUCUUGGUCGAGCACCCUGGAAUCAUGCGAUGGCGAAGCAGAACGGUGCGAUGCUUCUGCGCAACGCUCAGACAUACUAUCGCGGCGCAGCAGCUCUGGCUCGACGCGAAGGAGCUGCAGAUGAAGAGCGCGACGGGACUUGUAAGGAGGCAAUUGCCGCAGCGAUCGAAGGCCAGACCACGAAACUUGACCAGCUCAAAACAACAGUCCUUCAACAGGUGGUAGCUGUCGCCCAGGAUAUGGUGGAAGACGGACUGGUUGACGGCAGGGAACUGAGUGCCCUGAUAUCAUGA